UAAUGCCAUAAAUUCAUUAAAGAACAAAGCAAAAACAAUCCAGAUACCCAAAAUAAAAACACAAUCUUUCCCCCAGUCUCUCCAUUCCCUAUUCCCCAUUUUCCUCUUCUCCACUCUCUCUUUCUCUUGCUCUCUUCAACACUAUCAACAAAUAAACUUCAAGCUCUUCUGCUAAACAAAGAGCUUAUUUUUCACCUUCUUUUUUUCAGUUUGUUGAAUAGUAUGAAGUAAAUGAAAACACAACUAAACUUCUUCUUCUCAGAAGAAGAUAAUGACUCACUUUCAUCAAGAACAACAACAAAAAAUCCCAUUUUUAUUAGAUUCUCUUUACUGUGAAGAAGAAGAGACUUGGGAAGAAGAUGAUCUUUUCACUGAGAGUUCUUGCAGUGAAAAUAAAUCAAACCCUAAUCUACACGACUUGUUAUGGGAAGAAGGGGAGCUUAGCUCUCUGUUUACUAAAGAAACAGAGAAUAAAAUAAGCUACAAUGUGCUAGAAAAAAACCAAUCUUUAACUUCAUCAAGAAGAGAAGCAGUUGAAUGGAUUCUAAAAGCUACUGCUUAUUACUCUUUCUCUGCUCAAACUGCAUUUCUUGCAGUUAACUACUUUGAUAGGUUUCUCUUUAGCUUUGAUCAGUCUCAAAUUUCUAAGCCAUGGAUGAAUCAACUUGUUGCUGUGGCUUGCCUUUCACUUGCUGCAAAAGUUGAAGAGACUGAAGUUCCUCUUCUUCUUGACCUCCAAGUUGAGGAAUCAAGAUAUGUGUUUGAAUCCAAAACAGUUCAGAGAAUGGAGCUGUUGGUUCUGUCUACACUUAAGUGGAAGAUGAAUCCAGUGACCCCAUUUUCAUUUCUUGAUUAUAUCACUAGGAGGCUUGAAUUGAAGAACUUUUUAUGCUUGGAAUUUCUGAGGAGAUGUGAGAAGGUGCUUCUCUACACAAUUACUGAUGGUAGAUUCAUUGGUUUCCUUCCUUCUGCAAUGGCUUCCGCCACGAUGUUGCAUGUUCUUGAUAGGCUACAGCCCUCCAUUGGUGAGAAGUAUCAAGAUCAACUUUUGGGCAUCCUUGGAAUUGUCAAGGACAAGGUGGAGGAAUGUUAUAGGCAAAUCAAAGAGGUGGCUUGCAACAUUGAUUUUCAUUCAAAUAAACGCAAGUUUGGGAAUUUGCCAGGGAGUCCAACAGGGGUAGUGGAUGUGUCAUUUAGCUCAGAUUACUCCAAUGACUCAUGGUCAGUGGCUACUUCAGUUACUUCUUCUCCAGAGCCAUUGUCCAAGAAGACUAGGGAGUCAUGAGAAUGACAAAAUUCAACUCUCAGAGUUCCUCAUCAGAUAGAUAAUUUAAAUGUCUUUUAAAUAUUUCCUUAAUAGACUCUAGUGAACGAUCUUCACUAUAGUUACAUAUGUAUAAUGUUCAAUAACAGUACUCUGUCUCAGUUAAGUAUUAAGUUCUUGUUAUUCA